AUGAGAUUAUCUUUCCACUGCUUCCUUAUAAUCCAUUUAUUCUCCUUAUUCAAAAACUGGACCACAGCAGCACCCAAAGAGAAGAAAUCCAACAGACAGGUUGGAUUUAUAUCCAGUGGCAGAAGCAGAAGUCACCAUAAAGCUAUUGUGUCCUCUUCCUUACCUACCUCUCAGGGAUCAGAGAGCACUAGUUUUCAGUGGAGUGCAUCAGGGCGCAGGACCGGCAGCUUGUACUGCAGGGUGGGCAUUGGAUUCCAUCUACAGAUUCACCCAGAUGGCAAAGUUAAUGGCUCCCACGAAGCUAACCAUUUAAGUGUUUUGGAAAUAUUUGCUGUCUCUCAGGGGAUUGUAGGCAUAAGAGGAGUUUUCAGCAAUACCUUCUUAGCCAUGUCAAAGAAAGGAAAACUUCAUGCAAUUCCAAAAUUUACAGAUGAAUGCAAAUUCAUGGAGAGAUAUCAAGAGAACAGCUACAAUACCUAUGCCUCAGCCAUUUACAAGACUGAAAAGACAGGACGGAAGUGGUAUGUAGCUCUGAAUAAAAGAGGCAAAGCAAAACGUGGUUGUAGCCCAAGAGUAAAACCUCAACAUAUAUCCACCCACUUCCUGCCAAGGAUCCAGCAAUCAGAGUCACCGGAACUUUCAUUCACAGUUACAGAACCAGAAAAGAAAAAGACUGUGAUUUCAGUUGCCAAACCAAAACCUGUAUUGCUUCCACCAAAAAAGAACAGCAGCCCUGUUAGAUAUAGAUUGAAGUUUCGCUUUGGAUAAUUGAACUUUUUGUAUGGACCCUUACAAGCUGCGGGACCUGUGGAAGAAUCUAUAGUACAACUUACAGCUUUAUGGGUAGUUGGCCAUGAGUUACAAGACAGUGGACCACUGCUAUGUAGUAUCCAAUAAUAUUUUAGAGAUAUUAAAGGGACAGGCAACACUAAGAUUGUAAUUGUUUAAACAGAUAGAUAACGCCUUUACUUACCAUUUCCACAGCUUUGCACAACCAACAUUGUUGUAUUAAUAUACUUUUUAACAUUUAAACAUCUACAUUUCUGUCUGUUUCCACUACAGACAGCCUCUUGUCACAUGAUUUUUUAUUUGCUUUUCACAACAGGAGACUGCUAGUUCAUGUGGGCCAUAUAAAUAACAUUGUGCUCACCCCCGUGAAGUUAUUUGAGUCAGCACAACACAGCAUUAAUUGGCUAAGAUGCAAGUCAAUAGAUAAUAAAUAAAAAGUCAUGUGAUCAGGGGGAUGUCAGAAGAUGCUUAGAUACAAGGUAAUCACAGAGGUAAAAAGUAUAUUAAUAUAACUGUGUUGUUUAUGCAAAACUGGGGAAUGGGUAAUAAAGGAAUUAUCUAUCUUUUAAAACAAUAAAAAUUCUGGUGUAGACUGUCCCUUUAAAAACAAACUUAAAAAAAAAAAGUCUAUAUGGCAUCCGGAGUGGGUAUAUUUCUUUAUUACUUAAGUCUUCCACAAUUUUAUACUGUUUUGAGUUUCAGCUUUAUAAUAUACCAAAAAAAUGUCUACACAUAAAAAAGUAAGAAAUAUUUAUAUCUUGAAUAUAGAAAUAUUAAUGGCAUCUAAAGUGACAAGACCUCAAUAUAGGCAUUGACAGCAAAGAUUUUAAUUUGAAUUGCUGUUACAUGUUCUUAUUGGGGAAGGGUUAAAGGGAUAUUGUACUCAAAACAAUUAUGAAAGAGCAGAAAUUAAAAAUUGUUCAUGCAUGAAACAGAUUAAUUAAAGUGAAGGUGAAUUUCGAUGAA